AUGGCGACCAGUACCACAACGACUGGGACGGCUGCGAAGGAGGACAUCCACCUGAAGCAUCCUGCAGAGUUUGAUGGAGCGAAGGUACAUCCUUGGGUAGCGUCGUUUGAGCAUUUUAUGCGAAUCAAGAAGGUACCAGAGAAGGAAUGGGCGAACUCUGCGAAGACAUACUUUUCUCUAAAUGCAUGGGAGAAAUGGAUGCACCACGAGGGAAAGGAGUAUGACAAGGAGCCUCGUUCGUGGGAAGAGUUCAAGGGGAAGGUGGAAAAAGUUUUCGGUCACCACGAGAAGGGUGAAGACAAACCAGAACGGGACGGGAAGAAAAAGCCGUGA